UUCGUCGAGAGCCUGAGCCCAGUACACCACGCCUCCUUCCUGACUUGAUCACUGCCCCAGCAAGCUAGUCACACCGAUAUCGCAUUACAUCCCUAUCGAAGGCGAGCAAGUGCAGUACAUCCACCCUGUCAGACGCUAUCUAGACGUGCCCUUUGCACCAAGCUGCACCUUAUCAAUCAUUCAAGAUGCCUGCGACCGACGAUGAAGGAUCGCCUCCACCUCAAGUCGAUCCUCAAAAGAGCCAGGAACGCGGAAGGCCCGAAUUUGUGACGCUCGUCAGCUCGGAGGACGACAAGUUCAAAGUGCGCUGGGAGGCGGCUCAAGCAAGCGAGACGAUCCGCGCAGCUAUGGAAGAGGAAGGCUUUGCCGAGUCGCGCAAUGCCGAAAUGAGGUUCGGAGAGAUCAGUUCGCCCAUUUUGGCAAAGGUGGUGGAGUACCUCAAUUGGAGAGACAAAUACAAGGAUGCAAAGGGCGAGCAGGAGGUCCCUGCAUUCCACAAAUCCAUCGAUCCCGAGUUCAGUCUUGAGCUCCUGAUCGCAGCGGACUUUUUGGCAAUCUGAACUGGAAGCCCAGCAGAGGAGAUUCAGACUUGUCCACGCGCGCGCAGCUAUCAAAGGACUCGUCAAACGACAAACGCAGGCAGGUGGUGAAGAUGCGCCGCACUAAGCUGGUCAACAGCACUCACGACUUGUGU